AUGAUUUUACUAGACAAUUGUAGAAAAUCAGUUAAUGAUUUGCACGUGAAUCGAAAUGGAAAAAUGGUCAUUUUCGCUGGAUUCUAUUUACCCAUUCAGUAUGAAGAUGCCAGUAUAAGUGCUUCUCAUUUGCAUAUUGCAUGUACGAGGUCCAAUUGCUCCAUUUUCGACGUCUCUCACACGCUACAGAGCUACGUUCGAGGCAAACAUGCUGUGGAGUUUAUCGAAUCUUUAUGCGUGAUCCGAUACAUGAAACCAGGCCGAAGUGCUCUCAGUUUAUACAUUAACGAUGCCAACGGUGGUAUUAUUGACGAUCUUAUUGUGACAAAAAUCUCAGACGACACUUUAUACAUCGUAUAUCGAAUGCUUCCAGACAAUCCGUCGGCAAAGAACACGAUUUCUUCGAAAAUGUUCAUUUUUUUGAGUACUCGAAUCUCCCUUCCAAGAGCACCUCGGAGCUAG